ACCCUAACCUUUUUUUUUUUUUAUUCACUAGUCCAAUCUACUACUUUUGAGUCGUACUAUUAGAUCUAGAUCUAUGUCUUUGUGACUGUGUGCUGUGGGUAUUGCGGUAUAAUCGAUUUUCUUGUUAAAUCAAGACGCAAAUGUUCUAAAACGUCAGUGUGAAAUAGGGCCAAAGCAAUAAAAUAAAUAAACUUUUAAGAAUUUUUUUGUUUGAACAAACUGGCAAGUGUGGCUGAUAAUGGGACAGUUUUCAUGUCAAAUAUAAAUAUAUUCGAUGUGUGGACAAGCCGGCAAGCUCAGAUGUCAUGUGCGCGCUGAAAGACGAGCUGCGUGUCGGAAGUGAAGGGGGUGACGAAGUAAAUGAAAUGACUGCAAUGACGCCAUCACCCACAGAUGGCGAGGAGGUAACUCUCGAGAACAAUAAUCUCUUCACCAGCAGUACAGAGAGGGGGAAAGCUUAUUUCAGACGAAUGAAAUCUCCGAAACUGUUAUGUUUGUCUGGCGUUUUAUCCUUAUUCUUACUGGCCUACACACUGGCUAAAAUAAUUAUGGGUUCCAGCUACUUAGACUACUGCCCGGCUGACCCAUUCAUACCUAUCUACCUAAUUAUCAGUGGAUGUCUGACAUUAAUCAUCAUCUUUAUCAUCUAUGUUAUCGUCUACGUCAGAACGAAGAAGAAAGACAACGAUACCCUCACAUCGACUGUCUACCUCGUAGCUUUUGUCUACCUCUUCAUCCACAUCGUCCUGCAUUUAGCUGGUAGUGUUUGCGUCAUAGUCAAAGAGAAGCACAUCAAAGACUUGAGACUCUACAACGUCACGGGCGAGAGCGUCACGUGCAGCGAGACCCUCAUCGACUUCUCCCUGGGCCUGGUCAUCUUCGAGCUCGUCGUCAUCGGCGUCAUCUUCAUCAUCACGGGGCUCUUCAUCGCCGAGGCCAUCAGGGAGGUGUGCUGCCCCAAGUACAGCGCCGUCCCCAGCCCCCACUCGCCCACCACCGUCAUAGUCAACGAUAACUACAUGCCGCCCACGUAGUGCCUGAGGAGGUGGGGGAGCGAUGGUGCCAGCGUAAAAAGGACAAGGGCGUAGAAGCAAAAGGGCGUAAUGGUCUAAGCCACAACACUUACAAAAGAUUGUUCCAUAUACACAAUGGCAAUCAAGUGUGUUAAAAUAGACUUGUAUAUUCGUUUUUCAGAAUCUUGUUAAAAAAAAAGACAACAAGGAAAACGUUUAUAUUGGACUGGAUUCUUUUAGAAAAAAAAAGAUAACAAGACAUUUCAGGCAUGUAAGAAUGUAGUUAUCUAAUCCAUUCGCUGGCUGUAAAAUCGAUGUCUUGUUUUCUCGAUAAAAUGAAAUUGGAACUCAAAAAAAAUCAACAUGUUAGAUCGGUCUGGAAGGGCAAUAAUAAGUCACGAGUGAAGACUUUAGUCACGAAGCCAAAAUAUGAUACCAGUUAAUUCCCUUUAAAAAGUUUUUUUUUUCUUUUUAAUGUCCCCGGGGGCUCUAAUGAAGUACUUAUUAAAUGUUCCCUUUUUUUAUUUCAUCUCAAUGAUUAAAGUAUAGGUAACACUAUAAGUCAAAUUUACUGGGAGCGGACUACGUACAUUAUGGUUAUUACAACAUAGAUCGAAUUUAAAGCUUAUUAUAAUAGCAUCAUUAGUAUCCCACUAUGCCUUGCUAGAAUGUCAUACCGUUAACAGCGUAGCACAUGAUCUGUAAGAAGAAACUGAGCAAAGUUAUAAUUCUUGAGACACUAGCAACCAAUGGACCUCAUUCACCAAUCGUAAAUAAACACAUUUAGCCACGUCAUAACAUUGAUAAAACAAUGAAAAAAUACGUAUCACGUGACAGCCACUAUGGAUUUCAUAAUUUGUAUAGAAUAUAUAUAGAAUCACGUGGCUAAAUGUUGUUUGUUUAGGAUUGGUGAAUGAGGUCCAUUGAUCAGCCUUAGAUUUAACGCUACAAAGUUAGGUCCUUAUCAAAUUAAAAAAAGCCUUAUUUAUAAUUGAUAUUAGCCUCAAAGGCGAUGAAUAAUGAGAAACUAAAUAAAAAUGUUUAGGGUAUGAAUUGAUUAUAAAACAAAAUGAGAAACUAAACAAAAAUGUUUAGGGUAUGAAUUGAUUAUAAAACAAAACACGCAUUGACUGUGUUAAUUUUAAAAACAUGUUUAUUUGUAUGAGUCCAAUGUCAAACUCUCACACAUAUGUUUUUUGUGUAUGUCAAAUGUAUAUUUGUUCUCAUAAGGUGUCACGUGGGGAUCUUGUCGGCAUCCAUAUGUAUAAUGCAGUGUUUUUCUGUUGUUCUAGUAUUGUAUUAAUGCAAUGGUGUUAUGAUAUACACAUAUCACUAAUGAAAUUACAUUUUUAUAAAUAUAUAUUUAUAUAUGUAUAAUGCUUCAUCUUGGUUAUAUGUUGUGCACUACUCCACUUGUGAAUGUAAAUAUAAAAAAAAAUUAUUAAAACACAAUAAAAAUAAAUAAAUAAAUAAAGUGUUCUCAGCACUUACAAACCAAA